AUGUCUGAUUCCAUCAAGGACCCUGCUACUUUUGAUCCAAAUGAGCUUGACAGCUUUUCUAAGCCUGUCUUGGUGAAAAAGGAGCCAUAUGUUGCCAUCAGCUCUAAGCCCUCUGCUGCUGCUGCCAAAGGUUUCUCUUAUGGUGACCUUGGCUUCAUGGAAUUCAUCGAGCCCAUGAUCUCCUUCCCUAAUAAGAAGAGUGUGAAAACACCCAAGUCCUCCUCUCCGUUGUCGGUUACGGAUUAUCGGCCCAUUGCUUGUUGCAAUGUCGUUUAUAAAUGUAUCAGCAAGAUCGUGGCGGAUAGAAUUAAAGUGGCUCUGGAUGACAUCGUCAGUAUUAACCAAUCGGCUUUUGUUCCGGGUCGAAAAAUCUCGGAUAACAUUCUGCUUACUCAAGAAUUGAUGCAUAAUUAUCAUCGUAAUGUCGGGCCUCCUAAAUGUGCUUUCAAAGUUGAUAUUCAAAAGGCAUAUGAUACGGUCGACUGGAAGUUUCUCGAACACAGUUUGAUUGGUUUUGGGUUUCACCACACUAUGGUUCAUUGGAUUAUGCUUUGUGUUUCCACUACCACCUUUUCAAUUUGUGUUAACGGGGAGGUCCAUGGGUAUUUUAAGGGCAGACGGGGGUUAAGACAAGGAGAUCCGGUCUCUCCUUACUUAUUCACUCUUGUUAUGGAGGUUCUAACGGCCAUCUUACAUCAUGCGGUAAGGAUUGAUUCAUCCUUCAAAUUCCAUAACAAGUGUGAGAGGCAACAAAUUAUUAAUCUGUGUUUUGCGGAUGACCUAUUUAUUUUCUCGAAAGGGGAGAUUGCAUCGGCUAGGUGCAUUAUGCAGUCGCUUGACUCGUUUUCUAAAAUGUCCGGUUUGUUUCCUAGUGUUCAAAAAAGUACAGUCUAUUUUUCUAACGUGCCAUCAUAUGUAAAGACUGCCAUUUUAAACCUUAUGCCUUUUAAGGAAGGAUCUUUACCGGUUAGAUAUUUGGGUGUGCCUCUCAUAUCAUCGCGGCUUCUGUACAAUGAUUGUCAAAUUUUGGUAGAGAAAUUGGAUAAACGGAUCAUGCAUUGGAGGAACAAGUUACUCUCUUUUGCGGGGAGGCUGCAGCUUAUCAUAUCGGUCUUGUCUUCUCUCCAUAUUUACUGGUCUUCUGUUUUUUUGUUGCCUAACCGGGUUAUUAUUAGCUUGGAGGCCAAGAUGCGCAAUUUUUUAUGGUCCCAAGAUAGUUCGUUCCAGAAAGGUCGUGCUAAAGUCUCUUGGAAGUCGGUGUGUGUUCCUAAGAAUGAGGGCGGGUUGGGUAUUCGUCGCAUAGCUGAUGUUAAUACUGCUCUUAUGACUUCGCAUAUUUGGAGCAUCCUUAUAAACCGUCGAUCCUUGUGGGUAGAAUGGGUUCAUGCGUACAGGUUAAGAGGCAAAAGCUUUUGGGCUUGCAAGGCUCCUUCUUCUUGUUGUUGGUCUUGGAGGAAAUUGCUUCAGCUUCGUUCUGUUGUGAGAAAUUUUAUUUGGUCCGAGAUUGGUAAUGGUGUUACAACUUCUGCUUGGUUCGAUACUUGGAGCGAGUUAGGCCCUCUCGGGCAGUUUAUUUCUCCUCGGCUCAUUUCUAAUGCGGGGUUUGAUUUGUCGUCUAACGUCUCGGAUGUCUAUGCUAAUAAUCUUUGGAGAUGGCCAGAUGCGUGGAGGGAUUUAUUUCCGGUGUUAAAUCAGCUAGAUCAUUUGGUGUUAAAUCCGAAUAAAUCUGAUAAAUUUAAGUGGCGAAUUGGUGACCAGAUACAUGAUUUUUCUUCGUUUCGUGCUUGGGAUUCGGUGAGGCACAAAGAAGAGCAGGUUAAUUGGUCUAACAUAGUGUGGUUCUCGCAGUGCAUUCCUCGUCAUGCGUUUCUUAUGUGGCUUAUAAUGAAACGGAAGUUGCUUACUCAAGACAAAAUUUUGAGCUGGGAUUUAGCGCGACGAAAGAACAUGAACAUGCUAUGUUGUCUGUUAUGUUAUGCGAACCAUGACUCUCAUGAGCAUCUGUUCUUUGAAUGUGAGUUUUCCUCUCAAGUUUGGUUUAUGGUUCGAAGUAAAGUGGGUAUGGAUAUGAUUUCGGCUAAGUGGAAUGAUAUUGUGGUGUGCUUGCGUGAUCGGGCAAAAUCGAAAUCGGUUAGUGACUAUGUUACAAGACUGUUAGUGGCGGCUAGUGCUUAUUUCAUUUGGCAGGAGCGUAAUGCUAGAUUGUUCAAGAAUCAGAUGCGUCCUCCGGAAGCUGUUCGUGAUAUUAUUAUUCAACAAGUGAGAUAUAAACUUAUGGGGGCAAAGUUGAAGGACUGUGCUAACGUUCGAAGGGUUCUCGGUGAUUGGGAUAUAAAGGAUGCUGAUAUGCGCUUUGAUGGCGGCUGA